UCUCUCCCACUUCCUUUCUCCUUACCCAUCACAGCUCUCCGCCUCCACAUUCUCUUCUAUCCCCCCCCCCCUCUUUCUUCCUUCCGCUACCUUCUGUUUCCUCUAAUGGAAACUCGCCUCAAGAUGCGAAUCUCUCGCAUGUUCCUCUCCCCUUUCGGCUCUUGCCGCGCCCGCAACAUCUCCGAUGUGACUGAAAAAGCCGUCUUCCCCCAACACAGCCGCCGUGGCUUUCAUCCCAUCGAGCCAUCGUCUCCUAAAGCCCGUCCCUUUCCCUCCAUUUGUGGACCCAAAGCCUUGGAAACCUCUGAAACUAUUGAUUCGCUUCCUAGAAAGAAAGUUUCGGAGUGGCCGUCUUCGCCGCUUUUCUGCGGCAAUCACGAAGGAAGGCCGUGCCCCCCGGUUUCGCCAAUCACGCCUCUGAAUCCAAUAUACGAGGACGAGUUUGGUUAUUGUGAGAAGUUGAGACAUUCAGGGAGGAACAAAAAGAGCAAGAAGAAAAAAACGAAGAAGAAGAAGAAGAAAGAAAGCCGUAAGAAAAGAAAGCCUUCGGAUAUGUUCCCGUUUAACUCUUGCGCUCAGGACGGAACCAUAGGAGGCUAUUGGUGGUACAGCAACGACGAUGACGAUGACAGCGAAGGAGAGGAUGAGACAGAAACACUUUUCUCUUCUAGAAGCCACUCUUCCGAUUCCUCCCGCUCUCGCCGCCGUCGUCAUCGGUCGAGCCGGAAAAAGAAGGACGGUGAUCGAGUGGGUUCUGGGAGCCUAAGUUCUGAAAUGGGCGUGAUGCCAUUGAAGGGAAGAGUUAAGGACACCUUCGCCGUAGUGAAGCGAUCCAGUGACCCUUACAAUGAUUUCAGGACGUCAAUGGUGGAAAUGAUAGUUGAGAAACAGAUAUUUGCGCCUAAGGAUUUGGAGAAUCUCCUGCAAUGUUUUCUGUCGCUCAAUGCGUAUAAUCAUCAUAAGAUUAUUGUUGAGGUUUUCACCGAGAUUUGGGAAGCUCUGUUCUCUGACUGGCUUUAAAACUCAAGAAUUAUGUGUUAUUUGUGUUUGUUUCGAUGGAAAAUAGUCUUGUUCUAACUUAACUUAGUUCGCCGCUUGUAUUAUAUUCCAGGUCCUAUUCAAUCUAAG